AAUAAAAAAAAACUUUUAUUUAUAAUGGUUGCCAUCAAGUUGCAAAAGGAAGAAAACAGAGAAGCUUUCCUCAAGGUUUUCCCUACUCUCGCUGAAGAAGUCCUUGCCGAACUUCGCAAGUACAACAUGCCCGAGGAUGCCUACGAAUGGACCAAGAAGAUGUUGUAUUACAAUGUCCCCGGUGGUAAAUUGAACCGUGGUAUCUCUGUUGUCGACACCGUCCGUAUCUUGAAGGGUGAUACCGUUACUGAAGAUGAUAUCUUUAAGGCCACCGUUUUAGGUUGGAUGAUUGAAUUCCUCCAAGCCUUCUUUUUGGUUUCCGAUGAUAUUAUGGAUGCUUCCAUCACCCGUCGUGGUCAACCCUGUUGGUACAAGUCUGAAAAUGUCGGUAUGGUUGCCAUCAAUGAUGCUUUCAUCCUUGAAUCUUGUAUCUACAUCUUCUUAAAGAAAUACUUCAAGAAGACCGAUUACUAUGUUGAACUCAUUGAGUUGUUCCAUGAGGUCACUUUCCAAACUGAACUCGGUCAACUCUGUGAUCUCAUCACUGCCCCUGAAGAUCACGUCGAUUUAAGCAAGUUCUCUAUCAAGAAGCAUCAAUUCAUUGUUAUUUACAAGACCGCUUAUUACUCCUUCUAUCUCCCCGUCGCCUUGGCUAUGCACAUGGUUGGCGUCAAGAACGAAGAAGCUUUCAAGCAAUCUCACGAUAUCUUGAUCCCCUUGGGAGAAUACUUCCAAGUCCAAGAUGAUUAUCUUGAUUGUUACGGUGCCCCUGAAGUCAUUGGUAAGAUCGGUACUGAUAUCAUGGAUAACAAGUGCUCUUGGUUGGUUAACCAAGCUUUGGCCUUGGCCAAUGAGGAACAACGUAAGGUUCUUGAUGAAAACUAUGGUCAAAAGAACGCUGAAGCCGAAGCCAAGAUCAAGCAACUUUAUAUUGAUUUGGACAUUGAUUCUGUUUACAAGGCCUAUGAGGAAAAGUCAUUCAACGACUUGAACGCCUUGAUCGAAAAGUUGGAUGAAUCCACCGGUGUUAAGAAGCAUAUCUUUACUGAAUUCAUGGACAAAAUCUAUAGACGUACCAAGUAAAUUACUCCUCUUUCCUUUGUUUUACCUCCGCAACACUUUUUUUUUUCUCUCAUUCGCUUUCAAAAAUAAAUAAUUAAUAUCAUGUCUUUACACAAUAUGUUUGGGUUCAGUUUAUGCUGCACACACACACACACAGACACGCAUUAUAAAUACAGCCAAUAUCGAACGCUAUACAAACCCUAAUAACA